AUGUCAGAACGUAUGGGACAAAACUUUGUUCAUGAUGUCAAUGUCUUGAGAAAGACAAUCAAAUCAACAUGGCCAAUAGCAGUUUCAGGCACUAGUGCUUUAGAUCGACCUAAUGGUAUCCAAGUACUACCGAUCCUCUGGAGAAAAAGUAUUAUUUUUGGGACAGACGAGGCAGAUAAAGACAAUGCAUGUGAAUCUGAUUUAGGCACAGUAUCUGAUAGUGAUGACGGAUGUCCUACCAUUGAUGAAAUUACGCUGGAAGGCGCGCCGAAUAUCCGUACACUUGUAUCAGACGUCUUUCUUGAUAUUCCAUUAUAUAUGACCAGUAAAUACCAUGAAUUGAUGAUGCAGGUUGUAACAAAGGAAAUUAACCGAGUCUACCAUCUGUUUAUUGAAAGAAAUCCUCAGUUUUUAAAGAACAACGGUCAAGUUACUAUUUUAGCUCAUUCACUUGGGUCAUUACUUGCAUUUGAUAUAUUGAGUUGCCAACCGUUUGCACAAAAACAAAAACCAAAUACAUGGGCCAACUUUUCAUUCUUGUCCUCAGAGAGUAGCACCAACAAUACCAAAGUACCUAGCUUAUCUUUUUCUGUAAAGAAUUUUUUUGCCGUGGGUUCACCUUUAGGUAUGAUUCUGCUUUUAAGAAGUAACAAGAUUGUAUCCAGAAAAACCCUUGAUCGAUCUCCACCCAACAACGACAACAAAACUCUUGUUACCUUUGUCUAUCCUGCUGCUGAUAAUAUUUAUAACAUUUUUCAUAAAUCAGAUCCAGUAGCUUAUCGGUUAGAACCUCUUGUAGCUCGUCACUAUGGCUCUCAACUAAAGCCUAUGCCAAUUCCUUAUAUUAAAGGCGGACUUAAGCGUAUGCUGGAUGCAAGUUUCCAUGUAGGCAAUGAUUUGGCCAAUCGAGCAGGAGCCAUGUUUGAAUCAUUUAAAUCGGGAUUCACGAGCAGUCUGAUUAUGCGUGGACUGGGGUUUUCUAACAUGGUAGCUAUGGAAGGCAGUGCUCAACAAGAAACAUCAUCUGAUUUAUCAAACAUCGUAUCAAAAGAAGCAGCCAAAAGUGCAGUAAAGCUACAACUUCUAAAUCCUCAUUAUGGUCGCCUUGAUUUCUGUUUACAAGAAGGAUUACUUGAAAAUGCUUAUUUGAGUGCCUUAAGUGUUCACAUGUCUUAUUGGCAGGAUGUAGAUGUAGCUGGAUUUUUGAUUCGAGAAAUUUAUAGGACUGAAUAA